GUCUCUUGUAACUCACCCAGCUGCUUUAAACAUCUGGCUGUGUGCGCAACAGGACCGAGCUCAUCAUUUCGGGGUUUUGUUUUAUCGCUCCUGCCUUCCUCUCUGCUCUUAUCUGUUUUGGGUCUUAUCAAAUGGUUAUCUCUUUUGCCGUGAAGACAUAUUGCAUUUUGUUUCCUAUCUCCUAUGUGUGUGUGUGUGUGUGUGUGUGUGUGUGUGUGUGUGUGUGUGUGUGUUUGCUUGUGUGUGUGGGAGGACAGAGAUUUGUCAUGGACGGACCCAGCGCCUCUUAAAAGCGCUUGAUGGGAGUAUGGCAGCCACAGUGGAUUAGAUGUGUUUGAUUGGAGUUGUAUCUGAGAAAGAGUCGGUGGACAUGUUGGGGAAUUGAAAGUCCCAUUAAGUUUUGAUGGGGCUUCUCUGUGAAAAUGUAGACCGCUCGUUCAAAGUAAACACUCCGUAAGGGAUGGAUCUGCGUUUUCCCGGAACGUUUUUCUAUCCAGAUGUUUCUGGGAACACGCGCGUAAAACUUGCCUCGCGUACAAGUCAACGUCCUCCUGCUAUCCUAACGGUUCAAAAUUCGUUUUUGUUACAGGGUUGACUACUCCCUUACAAUUUUUAUUCACACCUACGGUGUAUGGAAAGUGCUCCUGGAUGGACCUGGGCGAAAACAGCUGGUCCAUGGUUAAGCGAGAAGUUUCCAGCAGCCCAGGCUCGCCGGCUGAACAGACCUACCUGACGGGUGACAGCAGGAGGGGCGGCCACACCUCGGACGAGCUGAGGACUCCUCCGAGCGACCUUGACGUACUGGGGCACCGCCGCUCGGACGGCAGAUCUCUACACUCCUACGUUCACUUCGGACACCACAACAGCAGCCUGGGCGCUGCCGAGGACAUCCCGCUGUUUACGGAUUUAGAUCAGGGCAGCAAACUGGUCCUCUCCGGUGGAGCGCACAAGGCGAGCCUGCUGGUGGACCCAAGCGACAUGUACCAAACACUGGCCAUCGCCGCGGCCCAGAGCCAGACUGGAUAUGAUUCCUCCUCUGGUGGUUAUAUGCACUCCAACCCAAACUCCCCCGUGUAUGUACCCAGCUCCCGCGUGGGCCCUAUGAUACCCAGCCUCUCCUACCUGCAGGCCAGCCCAGCGCAGCCCAGCCACGCCGUCUCCAGCCACUCGGUGUGGUCUCAGUCCACCCCGGAGAGCCCCUCAUACAGCACGGGGAGUCCGCACGCAUCCAGUCGGUUCCACUACCCUCCGAGCCCGCCAAUGAACAACGGAACUCCCCGGGACAGCGGCUACAGCAACACACUGAACGUGAGCAGUAGAGAUCAGUACGGCCUCUCUCGGCCCCUCAGCGGGACUUACCCGAGUCCGUACUCUCCUUACGUCGCACCGCAGCUCUCCCAGCUGGCCUCACCUUGGAACGGGGGACAUUUCGAUAACACUAUGCUGCACACCUUGCAGAGCAGAGGCGCGCCCCUGAUCCGAGGACCAAACGGAGUUACAGAUAUUCUCGACGAUAUGGGAGAGAGCAGAGAGUGCGUAAACUGCGGCUCCAUCUCUACGCCGCUGUGGAGGCGCGACGGCACGGGCCACUUUCUCUGCAACGCCUGCGGCCUUUACAGCAAAAUGAAUGGGCUGAGCCGGCCAUUAAUUAAACCACAGAAACGGACGUCGACGUCCAGAAGAAUCGGCCUGUCCUGCGCCAACUGUCAAACCAGCACGACCACUUUGUGGCGCAGAAACGCGGAGGGGGAGCCUGUGUGCAACGCCUGUGGGCUCUACACAAAAUUACACGGGGUACCUCGACCGCUCGCCAUGAAGAAAGAGGGAAUCCAGACAAGAAAGAGAAAACCGAAAACUUUGAAUAAAACAAAGGGGGGUUCCUCUGGAAACAACAACUCUGUCUCUAUGACUCCCACGUCCACAUCUUCAUCUAACUCUGAAGACUGCUCAAAAACCAGCUCUCCAUCUGGACAGGUGUCAGGGGUCAGCUCGUCCGUGCUGUCCAGCUCUGGCGAGGGAACAGGCUCAGCGGUGAAGUACGCGUCACAGGACGGUCUGUACACCAGCGUGGCUUUGUCCCAGCCUUCAGAUGUAGCCUCAGUGAGGGGGGAACCCUGGUGCCCCAUGGCCUUAGCCUGAACAUCUGAAGCAUUUGGUAGGACAGCAGCGCCCAGUCCCCGCUGUCUGGAUGUUAUGUGGUGUGGAAGUAUUCGGGGGUUGGCGAAGUUUUUGUCUAUCCUCACAGCUGAUUCAAGAAGAGAUGGACAUGGUGGAAAAAGAAGAAUGAGAAGCUUGAACUGAGCAUGGAAUAGCUGCAUUUUCCGUCUUGCAUGGGGUUCAUGUGUCCCUUAAAAACGAAGGGAAGAUGAUCAAUCAGGUGGCCCGCUUUGGAUGGUUUCUGGACCCUGCCAUGCACUCGAUAAGUCUCCCAUCCAUGGCACAGAACAUGUUUAUUCUUAAAACAAAGCCAUCAUGUACAUAACGGAUUUCCUCUCUGAAGCUGGUGAUUGGAUACCACGGCUUCCCAAAGCGUUGUGUUCCUUAAGGACAUUUAGAUUUUUCUUUAUUUUUCUUUCCACAACUGGAAUCAUGCCACAAGUGCCAAGACAACUUUUAUGAAUCAAAAGAAAAAAAUAUUUAUAAAUCUUCCAUUGUUGAAAACAUGGCUAUGAUUGUUAAUAAAGAUAUCGAUAUAGAGUAGAAGUUUAACCUUUCUGAUGUCUUCUUUUCUAUUUUUAUUUUCAUUAUUAGUGGUUGUUUGUAGUACAGAAGUGUUUAAUGUGCACAUGUUGUUUCCACUGAAGCUCUUACUGUAUUUGACUGAAACUAGCUUGGUUUAAACAGGGUAUAAAAGACUAUGACAUCUA